AUGAGUUGUGAAGGGCGCACUGUUCCUCCGCGUGUUGGCGAAAGUGGAACCUGGAAGUUUCGGUGGAAACAGCGCACUCAGGUGCUUGCCAGUACCAGAGCUAAGACCGCUGCCGCCACGGCGACACCCUGGGUCCCCCUUAUGUAUGGAGUCCGCGACGUCUUUGGUGAUUCGGACGACGACAUUGACGACAACCGACCCAUCCAUCAAGUUGGGGACACGGAUGAUGACGGCGACGGCGAGGAUGGGGCGAACGGCUGCAGCCGCGACGACUCUGACGAUAGCGUCGCAUGCGUAGAUCCGCCUACCCUUUCUGACAAACAGAGGAAGGGAGGCCGCCCGACCCGCAAGGGACAACGGUCGACGUCUCCGCGGGCCGGCGCGGCCGGUUGUCCCGUCGACCUGGCGAGAGAGCAGCGGGGCGAGGAGGGGGCCACGCGGAAGAAAGCGUCCAAGGGCGCGUCGGGGGAUCCCCUGGAUGUAGAUUCGGGAGUGUCGGAGCAGCCGGCGCCUAGGGGCAAGAAGAAGGCAUCCGUCAAGACUAGGAAGGCCGGUGGGAAGAAGAAGGCACCCGCCAAUACUAAGAAGACCGCUGGGAAGAAGAUGUCCGAGCCCGUGUCCGAGUUCGAGUCAGAGUCAGAGUCCGACACCACCCGUACGCUGCGGUCGGCCCGGAGGAAGGUGACUCCUGAGCAGAGGAAGAACCUUACCGAAAUGUCGAAGUCGACAUGCCCUGACCGGAUCAAGGAGCGCGACGCCGCCUUCGCUGCCCACAACGAGUCUCUAAGAAGAGGGCGAGGCAGGCUGUCCUGGCCCAGGAAGGCGUUGAGGAAGAAGGGGGAGGCGAAGAGCGCAACGGUUGCGGCCCAGAAGGCCCGCACAACGAAGGAGACGCCUGCCCCAACUGCGGCCCGUCGCAACAACGACAAGAACGUUAAGGCGCCCCCCGGCACGAAGAAGCCAGCCGCAACACUCGGCCAAUCUGCGGCGAAGAGCAAGAAAAUUUUGAACAAGGCGGCCCCUGGCACGAAUAAGCCAGCCGAGAGGGCUGCCCCCGCCGCGGCGAACCUGGACCCAAGCAAGAAUGAUCAGGCUAGUAAGGGUCCUGUGUCGGCGAGCCCGUCGAACAAGUCUGGACGCGAGGAAAAGAAGACGCGUGAUGACACGACUUCCACGGCAAAUCGCCGAACGGCUUCGGGAAAAUCUUACGUGAAAAAACUCCUCGCCAAACAGAACGCGGUCGAGUCAGGGGACUCAGAGGAAGCUGAUGCUGACGAGUCCGUUGACGAGCUCGAGGACGCGCGCGCCGAGCCACAUGGUGACCUCGAAAGCGACGACUCACAGGGCGCCGGCGACGGCUCGGCUGACGAAGGUGAAGACCCCCCCCUGGACCACUUCGGGCCUGCGUCGCUGCCGCGCUACCCUGGAAGAAAUCCUCUUUGA